AUGGCUGACAGCUUCCAAUCACUAUCAAGCGCAUCUGAUGGGGAACUAGAUGGUGUUCAGUCUGAAUUUGAGAACUUGGAACCUGGUAUGGCUGAGAAUGUCAAUACAACAUCUGCAGAUGAUGAUGGCAGAGUGUUUGUCUUAGGAAAAAAGGUUGUUGUGGCAAAGAAAGGGAAAGGGAAAAGGAAGGGCAAAGAUAGUGGAAAAGGAAUUGAAGGUUCUGAAAAACAGAAGCGUAAAAGAGCGCCUAACAAGAAAUCAGUUGAAGAAGCUAAACUUGGUGGCCCGGUGCAUUACAGGUGGAUGUACCCUCUAGAGAGAUCAUUUGUUUGGCUAAGGUCACUUGUGCGCAAUAGAGCUUAUCCUGAAGGUUCUAUUGCUGAAGGAUAUACUGUUGAAGAAUGCUUGACCUUUUGUUCAAGAUUUCUAGAAGGAACCACACGUUUCACAAGAACAUCUAGGAACCCUGAUCCUUCAGAUAAUACAAAGGGCAUGUACAUGUUUGAUAGUGUUGGUGAGCGAAUUGGAAAGGCUGUCACUAUAGGCCAGUUGGACGAUCAGCUUCUAGUUCAAGCACAUAGAUAUGUCUUGCGACACUCUGAUGAUCUUGAUGAUCUUCGUAGAGAAUUUCUGGACCAAGAGAAGAGGAAACCGGGUAACUUAAAUUUGACGGAUGAUGACAAUGAGGAAUUGAUUAGUAGACACUUUGCUGACUGGUUGGAACAAAAGGUUAUACUAGAUGAUGGACUGGAUAUCACAGAAAAGAUAAGAGCAUUAGCCGCAAAACCAAGCAAAUGCGGGGUGCGCUAUAGUGGCUAUAUAAUUAAUGGUUUCAGGUUUCAUACUAUCAGUCGCGAGACAGGACACGUGACACAAAAUAGUGGUGUCGUGAACCUUGCUGAAAAUGGCGUGUCCUAUUAUGGUCGGUUAUCUGACAUCUUCAAAUUUUCAUACAAAGAUUACAAGGUGGUCUUCUUUAAAUGUGAUUGGUAUGAUGUUCAUCACAAAGCUGGUAUUAUAAGAGAUGAGUUUGGAUUCACUCAUGUGAACUUCUCCCAAAAAAUACAUACAGGGGAGAAGUUAGAGGAUGAACCUUUUGUAUUUUCUUCCCAAGUGGACCAGGUCUUCUAUAUCCAAAAUCCGAGAAGUGAGAAUUGGAAUACCAUGGUGAAAUUCAAACCUCGUGAUAUUUUUGACAUGGGUGAUGAAACAGAGUAG